CAGCCACCUUCAUCAUCACUUCACUUUCAGCACAAAGAAAACAAAACAAAACAAAACCAACUUCUUUUCUCUUCCUCCACUCCCUCUCUUCUCUUUCCAACUUAACAAAAUUAAAAAUAAGUUUCCUCCUUUAAAAAGCUCAAAGACUCCAACUUGAAUACCCCUAAUCUUAUCUCCAAACCCUAAACAUCACUUCUUUCUGCUUCAUUUAGGUGAAUUUUGUCUUCUUUUCUCUCUUCUCGCUUCUCUAUCCGCAUCUUUUGUUUUUCCCCGCCUCUCUUUCUGCUGCUCAUUUUGGUUAUUUAAAGGUAUGCCGGUCAUUUCCCAGGCAGGUCCAUCAUGUUAUGUCCCCACUGACAUAACAAGGUGUAAAACUGGACAAAAUGCGGUGCUUGGUGUGUUUAAUAGCAUUGAGACAUCUAAACUGAAGGAAACAUGUGUUAGAUUUUCUUCAUUGUCAUGUAAUUCUACUAAGAUACCUCAGCUUCCAAGUUCAGAAAAUUCAUGGGUAAGAAGUAGAAGAGGGAAUCAAAUGAUUGUUGCUGCUAGCCCUCCUAUAGAGGACGCGGUGAUUGCUACAGAACCACUAACUAAAGAGGAUCUUGUAGGAUACCUCGCCUCUGGCUGCAAGCCUAAGGAAAAAUGGAGAAUAGGUACAGAACAUGAGAAGUUUGGAUUUGAACUUGGAACUUUACGUCCUAUGAAAUAUGAACAAAUUGCAGAAUUGCUUAAUGGUAUUGCUGAGAGAUUUGAUUGGGAGAAAGUAAUGGAAGGCGACUACAUUAUAGGACUCAAACAGGGGAAGCAGAGCAUAUCACUAGAGCCAGGUGGUCAGUUUGAGCUUAGUGGUGCACCACUUGAGACUUUGCAUCAAACUUGUGCUGAAGUCAAUUCACACCUUUAUCAGGUUAAAGCUGUUACAGAGGAGAUGGGAAUCGGAUUCUUAGGAAUUGGUUUCCAGCCCAAAUGGGGAGUUAAAGAUAUACCUAUUAUGCCCAAGGGAAGAUAUGAGAUAAUGAGGAAUUACAUGCCCAAAGUUGGCACUUUAGGACUUGAUAUGAUGUUUAGGACAUGCACUGUUCAGGUUAAUCUGGACUUCAGUUCUGAAGCUGACAUGAUAAGGAAAUUCCGUGCUGGUCUUGCUUUGCAACCGAUAGCAACAGCUCUAUUUGCAAAUUCACCUUUCACUGAAGGAAAGCCAAAUGGUUAUCUCAGCAUGAGAAGCCAAAUUUGGACUGAUACGGAUAAGGAUCGUACUGGCAUGCUGCCUUUUGUUUUUGAUGACUCAUUCGGGUUUGAGCAGUACGUUGAUUAUGCCCUUGAUGUUCCAAUGUAUUUUGUUUAUCGGAAGAAGAAGUACAUUGACUGCACUGGAAUGACGUUCAGGGACUUCCUAGCUGGAAAACUUCCUUGCAUUCCUGGUGAAUUGCCAACCCUUAAUGAUUGGGAGAAUCACCUAACAACAAUUUUUCCUGAGGUCAGACUAAAGAGGUACUUGGAGAUGAGAGGUGCUGAUGGAGGGCCUUGGAGGAGGCUGUGUGCAUUGCCAGCAUUUUGGGUAGGUUUGCUGUAUGAUGAAAUCUCGCUCCAAAAUGUUCUGGAUAUGACGGCUGAUUGGACUCCUGAAGAAAGAGAGAUGUUGAGGAAUAAGGUUCCAAAGACUGGUCUAAAGACACCAUUUCGGGAUGGGUUACUGAAGCAUGUUGCCGAAGAUGUUCUAAAGUUGGCCAAGGAUGGCUUGGAAAGGAGAGGCUAUAAGGAGAUUGGGUUCUUGAAUGAGGUUACUGAGGUGGUUAGAACAGGUGUAACACCAGCUGAGAGGCUUUUGGAGCUGUACAACGGAAAGUGGGGGCAAUCUGUAGAUCCUGUUUUUGAGGAGCUACUCUACUGAUGUGAAUUUGAUUCACAUGGCCCUUUGGCAGUGGCCUUUUACUGUGAUGAGGUUUUGGGUGUAAGCCUUGUUGUUUCUGUUAUAAACUUCAGUAUCCGUGGUUGGUGAUAGAUGAUUUCAGAGAAAUAAGUUUUUAUGUAAAUCCUUGGCAUGGGGAUUCUUCUGUAACUCGUGAAAUAUAAUCUUUUCAAAACUUUGUCAGUUAGUGAUUAUUUUUGAAACAUCCCAGCGUUAACAAGCUGGCGGCCUAUUGAUUC